AUGCACGACUACGCCCUCCUCACGACGGCAGGCCUCGAGUCUGUCGCCCUCGACGCCCUCGCGAGCGAGUGCGGGCUGCGGGCCAGCGCGCUGCCCGCCCCGACCGCCCGAAAGGGCGAGUCGUUUGGCUCGGCGGGUGGCCUCGGCAUCCUCGUCGCGUCCCGGCAAGAGCCGCUCGCUGCGCGCGCCCUCUCGGCGCCGGUGCUGCAGGCGGCCCUCGCCGUCGUGGUGCGGUGCGAGGUGGAGGAUGGCGACGUUCUCGCCGCUGCCGUUGGGAGCGUGAGCGAGGAGCGCUGGCGGUCGGCGAUGCGCACGCACGCCGCGCACGCCGCUCCUCUCCCCCCCUCCGCGCCCUCCUUCCGCAUCGCUUCGCUCCGCGCCGGCCAGCACGACUUUGACAGCCGCGCGCUGAGCAGCGCGCUCGGCGCAGCCGUCAGCGCGCUGCAGCCCUCGUGGCGGGUCGACCUCGAGGCCCCCGACGUGUGCGUCCUCGCGCUGCUCGUCAACCGCUCGCUCCUGAUUGGCGCGCUGCUGCCUCCCUUUUCGCCCCGCAAGUCAGACCCGCUGCCGAUGGAGCCGAGGCAGUGGCUCGUGCGCGGAGAGCGGGCGCACAUGCGGCCGCACAGGGCCGCGCUGCUCGCCCGCCUCCUCGCGCCGGCGAGCGGCGAGGUGCUGCCCUGCUCGCCUCGACUCGCCCCCUCGGACGCUUCCCCGGAGCCGUCUCCCGGCAUCCUCGCCAUCGAGGCGGCGCUCCUCGCCUCCGUCACCGCCCACUCUGUCGACCUCGACCCUGCGGCGUGCGACGCCGCGCGCGCAAACGCCGCCGCCGCCGCGCCGCGCCUGCGCGGGAGGGUGACGGUGCACUGCGGCGACGCGGCGCGGCUGGGGGGAGAGGUGGGCCUCCCUCGCGCGAGCGUGGACUGCGUGCUCGCCGACCUGCCGUUCGGGAUGCUGCACGCCCGGCUCGACGUCGGCGCCCUCCUCUCCGCCCUCGCGGUGCUCGUCCGGCCCGGCGGCCGCUGCCUGCUCGUCGGCAACGCGGGGCCGGGAGGCGUCGGCCGCGGCGUCGCCGCCGCGGUGGUCAAGGCGUCGCGCCGCUACCCGCCCGGCGCGUGGCGGGUCGUGCGGCAGACGGCGUGCGCGUCGGGAGGGAUCGCGUGCGAGGCUGUGCAGCUGGCGAGGCUGGGAGAAGCAGCGCCGCGCCUUGGGCGGCUCGAGAAGGCUCGCGGCAAAGCUCGCGGCAAAGUUGUGCUCGAGCCCGGCUUCGGCCUGGCCGCGUGGCUGCGGCUGAGCAGGGGCGCGGACCUCACCGGCGGAGUCGGGCCGCUCGACGAGGAGGAGGAGGAGGCGUGGCCGAAGUGGUCACUCGCCGACGUGGCCUCGCACACCACGCCCGAGGACUCGUGGAUGGCGGUUCGCGGCAAGGUGUACAACGUCUCGCCCUACCUCCGGUACCACCCGGGAGGUGUGGACGCGCUUCUCGACGCGGCCGGCACGGACGCCACAGCCCUCUUCCAACAGCACCACGCUUGGGAUCUAAUCUAG